UUGAAAGUACGGUGCUUCGUGUUAUUAAAUAUACAGAUUCGAAAGAUUAGUGAUCGAUUUUGUGCAUGGACGUGAAAUUGUUGUCGCGAGUAGCUUCUACAUAAUAAUAUCAGUGUUUGUUUGUUGCAUCACUUGACAAACUCGUGCGUCACUUUUCGCGCUCAAAUUAUACCGUACUCCGUGUCAUUAUAUUUCGUUAAAUUAAACACAGGUUUAUUUGGGACUUGAGCUGUAUUUGAUUGUUCGUAUUUUGUUUAUAAUCGAAGAGAAAUACGAAGAAUUUCUUCAGAUCUGCAUCUUCCCAAAUUAUUUUUAUACAGAACGUUGUCAGCCAUCGCAAAUCGAUAAGCUUCGAGAUACAACGCCUGGAACGGUAACAAAAUGGCGGACAAUCACAGAAGAAGACGUUAUCUGACUAUCAGUAUACUUCACAUCAUCACCAUCAUGUGCCAAGCCCUCUCCGACCAGCCAAUGUUUGCCGAGCCAAUACCAAAUGUCACGGUGCCACUGGGGAGAGACGUCAACCUACCCUGCGUCGUGGAGAACCUCGGUAAUUACAAGGUGGCGUGGAUCCACGUGGGUCGUCAGAUGAUACUCACCGUUCACAGGCACGUGGUAGUAAAGAUACCAAGGUUUUCCGUGUCCCACGACAAUCAGAAAACCUGGUUGCUUCACAUAAACAACGUGCAACAAGACGACCGGGGUUACUACAUGUGCCAAGUGAACACGGUCCCCAUGAUGAGCCAAGUCGGCUUUCUUCAAGUAGUCGUGCCGCCGAACAUAUUGGACUCGCUGUCUACGGAGAGCACGGUGGCUGUUCGAGAGAAUCAGAACAUCACGUUGACGUGCAAAGCGAACGGAUAUCCGACGCCGAAAUUAAUGUGGAAGAGAGAAGACGGGGAGAUCAUAACCAUCAACCGGCAUUUCAAAAUGGCCCUGUACGAGGGUGAGCAAUUAAACCUGACGAGGAUCACGCGCAAUGAAAUGGGCGCGUAUCUGUGCAUCGCGACCAAUGGCGUGCCGCCAACGGUCAGCAAGAGGAUCACCGUGGAUGUCGAAUUCUCGCCAUUGAUCUUCGUACCGAAUCAGCUAGUCGGUGCGCCAUCCGGCACCAACGUAACGAUCGACUGUCAUACGGAGGCUUAUCCUCGAGCGAUGAGCUACUGGUUCCUCGAUGACGUUAUGAUACUGUCGAACGAGAAGUACACGACGGAGAUCACGGAGAACAGCUACAGAUCGUACAUGAAGCUCACCAUAAGAAAUAUACAGAAAGAGGACUUUGGCAAUUAUCGUUGUAUCAGCAAGAACUCGCUGGGCGAGACGGAAGGCUCCAUUAGGGUGUAUGAAAUUCCAAAGCCGUCCGCGGCGCCGAAGGCCACGGAGAUCAAGAGCAGCGCCAACAAAGAAGGACGACCGAGCACGCCGUCACCAGCAAAAAGGCCGACCACCGUGUGGCCCUCGUCGUACAACCCGUACUAUGCGAAAAGGACAGAGAGGCCACCUCCCCCGAGCGAGGAGAGGGUCGAGAGGCCAGAACAGAAGCUACGUGGUGGCCAGAGCACAGGGAGCGCGUACAUCAUAAGAUGGAGUGCACCGCAGCUGAUGGUGGUGGCGGUGCAGUAUAUCCUCACGGGGCCCUACAUGCCCCCGUACAUGCCCCAAACGGCGAAUUAGGAAACGGGGCCAGGAAAACGUAGGCCAUGUUCGUCCAGGACCUUCUGUUCUCUGGUACCUUUGUAUUUCGAUCGCUGUGGAGCCGCAUUUUGAAAGUACGAUGCACUAUUGGUGCAUUUGAACGUGAUAUUUUAAUGACACGGGGAGUUUUGUUUGUUCGGGCUGUUGUAUGGAAAGCUUAUUAACGUUUUGACUGUCGGAGAUCAAUUCGUGAACGGUUCUGUUUUCUUUCUAAAUAAAUUGAAUUUGUUAUUUUU